AUGUUCGCCGAAAGGAGCAUCCUGUGCCGUUUAUAUAAUACUUUAAUUUUCAUGCACCUGAUCUACGUCACGCGGUCGUUCGGUGUCAUCUUUGAGGAGUAUGUCGUGGACCAGGGCCGUAACCUGACGUUACGCUGCGAUUCCAAGCAUCCGGUGCGAUGGGUACGCGAGGGCCGACGGGAGGAUGUCCGCCAGUUCCAGCUCGACGGUUCGCUCGUGUUGACAAACCUUACCGCUAGGGACGGUGGCCGGUACACGUGUUCGGCCGCAAUACCAACCCUAACGACCGUUGCCGUACUGGAGGAACCGGAAGCAGACACAUCCUCCUCCUCCUCCUCCUCCUCCACCGCCAGCAAUGACACCAGUACUGGGGCCGCGUACGAUCCCGGUGACACCAGUGCCGGUUACGAGAAUGCCACCGCCGAACCGUACGACGGUGAGGACGCGGACGGGGCAUCAUCGUCCGCAGCGGAGGAACACUUUGUCGAGCUGCUGAAGGUGAACGUUAAGGUGCGUACGCCACCGUUGGCGGUGUCCAACUUUUACGUCCGUGCGUCCACCAUCAUAGCGGUGCUGGUGUGGGAGGUGAUGCCGAACCGGACCGGCGGUUACGCGAUACGCGACUUUACCGCCGAGAUGCGCAAGAUGCGCGAAAGCAACGACGAACCGGAGCUGCCUUGGGAGACGAUUGAUCCGCGCCACAUCAGCCCGAACGCGCGUCAGCUCGAAAUCUAUCAUCUCAUCCCGAACACAACGUACGAGUUCCGGAUCUGGGGCAACAAUCAGCUCGGUGCCGGAGAGAUCGUUACCAUCCUUGCGACCACGCAACCACGCAUGGAGGAGAAAGAUCUCGUCCGGCGCAUCAUGAUCGAUGCGAAGAAUUUUGACACCCGCGUCUGGAUAGCGGCCGUCGGCAUCGUGAUGGGUACGCUGGUCAUCCUGUCGCUCGGUACCUGCAUCGUGCUGUACAAGGAGUGCCGCGAACCAGCCGCUAACGAUAAAGACGAGGAGCUGGACAGUCUCGAGCUGGUGCCGAACAUCAUCCUGAAUCCGGGCUUUUGCGACUCGGACGACCAGGGUCAGAAUCCGCUGUCACCGCCAAUACCGCGAACCCUGCCGUACAAUCGGUACCGGGGCAAUGGGCACGACGGUACCGGUGCGGGCGAGGACGAUGAUGACGAGGACGACGACGAGGAGGAACCGAUGACGUUCAGCCGACGGAUGUCAAUCUUCUUCACCGGCAACACGAUCAAGCGGAUUUGA